UCUCUAUCUUGCAUCGAACGUUAACAUGCUUGCCACAUACCUAGUUCUUGCCGCUCUGGCCUUGCAUCUGAGUCUCGUACAGUCGCACACAGUAAUCACAUAUCCUCCGUGGAGAGGCAAUAACCUUAUCACCAAUGGCACUCUGCCACAGUAUAAUAUGAAUGCUAUGGGAGAGAACUAUGUAGACGGACAAUACACGUUUCCCUACGGAAGUUUGUGGCCAGUCUCUGGUGGCGCUCUUGCUAUUCAGCCAGGAUGGUUCCAAGGCAAGCCAACUGCUCUAUCCGAUACAACCAACAGC